AUGUCUGCCGGAAACCCUUCGGCAGCCUUGCUCGUCGAGACGGCCAAGAAGCUCGCAGCCAUUCAGGCCGUCGACCAGCACCUCUUGCCGUCUCAUCGGUACGUUGGAAUCGGCUCUGGAAGCACCGUCGUCUACGUUGUAGAGGCCAUUGUCGCCAAGGGUCGUGAUUUCUACGGUCCCAUGACUUUUGUGCCUACUGGCAGUCAGUCCAAGGGCCUCAUCCGUGCGGCGGGGUUGACUCUGGCGAACCUCGAUGAGCGGCCCGUUGUGGAUGGCAAGCUGGUCGAUCUCGACGUUUCCUUCGACGGCGCAGACGAAGUUGACGACGAUCUCAACCUCAUCAAGGGUGGCGGCGCCUGUCUCUUCCAGGAGAAGCUAGUUGCCAUCGCCGCCAAGCAGUUUGUUGCCGUAGCCGACUACCGUAAGCAGUCGCCGCGCCUAUGCACCAAGUGGAAGUCGAUCCCCAUCGAGGUCCUUCCCCUCGCUGCCCCGGAUGUUCUUGUCCGACUCCAGGCCCUUGGGUCUCUCAACCCUGUCAUCCGCGCUGGUCUUCCUAGCAAAGCGGGCGAGUGCGUAACUGACAACGGCAUGUGGAUAAUCGACGCCCCUUUCCCGCCACUGCUGCUACCCAAGGAUCUAAAUGCUGAAGUUGAUGGUUCCGGAAAGGACGGCAAGUGGGAAAUCAGCAAGCUCGCCAAGGAGCUACUAGGUACCCCGGGAAUUGUCGAGAUCGGCUUGUUUCACGGUUUCAAUGGCGACGAAGCUGUAACACUGCAAAAAGUUGGCCAAGCACAGAAGCCGGUGGCAGCUUACUUUGGAACUGCUGAGGGAACUGUUGAUGUACAGAGGGCGAAGUAG